AUGAGGAAAUCCGGUGGUAGAAGAAAAAAAGAUAAAGUUGGAUCCCCGAAUUCCGGUUCGCAACCGAAUUCUCCAUCAUCACCGAACACCGCGGCAUUCAAUCCUCUCCCAAGCCCAAAGAAACCUGAACAUAAUUCUCCAUUGUCAUCAAACACGGCGGCGUUUGAUCCUCUCCCAAGCCCAAAGAAGCCCGGACAUAAUUCACCUCUCAAGCCUGAGCCCAAGCUCAAGCCCGAGUCUGAUUCCUCAAAUGAACAUGGUAUGAUUGCGUCGAGACAGUUGAAGCUUGCUUAUGAUCAUGACAUAAGGCUUGCACAAAUGCCAAUAAAUUGCAGCUUCAGAGUAUUAAGAGAUUUAGUGAAGAAGAAAUUUCCAACGUCGAAUUCAGUUUUGAUAAAGUACAAAGAUAACGAUGGCGAUUUGGUUACUAUAACCUCCACCGAAGAACUCAGGUUAGCCGAAUCUACUGUCGAUAAAACCUAUUCAAUUGGAACUCUGAAACUAAAUAUCAUCGAAGUUAGUCCCGAACAGGAACCACUUUUGUUGGAAGAAGGAGAAAAGAAAGAAAAACGUCUAGAUUGUGUUUUGGAUGAAAAAAAUGGCAGUACUGAAUGCAAGAAAGUAGUAGAGAAUGUAGAGGUUGAUGAUUGGUUAUACGAAUUCGCUGAGUUAUUUAGCUCGCAUGUUGGUAGCAAUCAAUCUAUUGAUUUCCGUGAGUUAGGGACGGAGUUUUGCUCAGAGGCACUUGAAGAUAUAGUGACCUGUGAUGAAGCUCAAGAUCUGUUUUAUAAAGCUGAGUUUAAGUUUCAAGAGGUUGCUGCUUUGGCGUUUUUCAAUUGGGGAAAUGUCGACAUGUGCGCUGCUAGGAAGUUGGGAAAAUUAGAUGAGAAUGAGAAUGAGGUUGUUGUAAUGAAAGAAUCAGAGUUUGAUUUUGUCAAGGAAAAGUACUAUUUAGCGCGAGAAAAGUACGAACGCGCGGUGGUGAUUAAACCUGAUUUUUACGAAGGAUUGUUGGCUAUUGGACAACAACAAUUUGAAUUGGCUAAGCUUCACUGGUCAUUUGGUAUGGUGAAUAAGAUGGAUUUAGGUAAAGAGACGCUGCGGCUUUUUGAUGUUGCUGAGGAGAAGAUGAUGGCCGCGAGCGAUAUGUGGGAGAGGUUGGAAGAAGGGAAACUUGGUGGGCAAGUAAGUGUUGGUAUGAGAUCACAGAUUAAUCUUUUUUGGGGGAAUAUGUUGUUUGAAAGGUCUCAAGUGGAGUUUAAAUUGGGAAUGAGGGAUUGGAAGAGAAAACUGGAUGCUUCCGUGGAGCGAUUUGAGAUUGCUGGAGCUUCUGCGGAUGAUGUUUCGACAAUUUUGAAGAAGCAUUGUUCUAAUGGAAAUGCUAGGGACGGAGAACCAAAGGGAUCACCAAGAACCCAAAUCAAAAUGAUGAAAUAG